UUCUAGUGAGUGGCUCGUUGGCACAGUGGCUGCCUGGCUGGUGUUUUCUCGUUCAUAAAUACAACACAACAACAACUACCACACCUAAAGACUCAUUUUACAAUCCAACCAAAAAUGUGGCAGCUCAAAAUUGGGGCCGAUACCGUACUUACCGAUCCUUCUAACGCCGGCGGCCGAUGGCUCUCAACCCUCAACAACCACGUUGGUCGCCAAGUGUGGCAUUUCCAUCCCGAACUCGGCUCCCCGGAAGAUCUUCAGCAAAUACAACAUGCUCGCCAGCGCUUCUCCGAUCACCGAUUCGAGAAGAAGCAUAGUACUGAUCUCCUCAUGCGGAUGCAGUUUGCCAAGGAGAAUUCAUCCUUUGUCAAUCUACCGCAAAUUAAAGUUAAAGAUAAAGAAGAUGUGACAGAGGAGGCAGUAACGCGGACUUUAAAAAGGGCUAUCAAUUUUUACUCAACAAUCCAGGCACAUGAUGGUCACUGGGCUGGAGACUAUGGCGGUCCAAUGUUUCUAAUGCCUGGUUUGGUCAUUACUCUUUCCAUUACAGGCGCCUUGAAUGCUGUCUUAUCUACAGAACACCAGCGUGAGAUUUGCAGAUAUCUAUACAAUCAUCAGAAUAGAGAUGGGGGUUGGGGUUUACAUAUUGAAGGCCCAAGCACAAUGUUUGGUUCUGUGCUGAAUUAUGUUACUUUGAGAUUGCUUGGUGAAGAAGCUGAAGAUGGGCAGGGUGGUGUUGAUAAAGCACGAAAAUGGAUCUUGGACCACGGUGGUGCAACUGCAAUUACUUCUUGGGGGAAAAUGUGGCUUUCAGUACUUGGAGUAUAUGAAUGGGCUGGAAAUAAUCCACUCCCUCCAGAACUAUGGCUCUUGCCGUAUCUUCUCCCUUGUCAUCCAGGAAGGAUGUGGUGUCAUUGCCGAAUGGUAUACUUGCCCAUGUGUUAUCUGUAUGGCAAGAGAUUUGUUGGUCCUAUAACGCCUAUAAUUAGAUCUUUAAGGAAGGAACUUUAUCUUGUCCCUUAUCAUGAAGUUGAUUGGAAUGUGGCUCGCAAUCAGUGUGCAAAGGAAGAUCUGUAUUACCCACAUCCGCUGGUUCAGGAUGUUCUGUGGGCUUCACUGCACCAUGUUUAUGAGCCUCUUUUUAUGUGUUGGCCUGCAAAAAGACUGAGGGAAAAGGCUUUGCGGACUGUAAUGCAACAUAUCCACUAUGAAGAUGAAAAUACUCGGUAUAUAUGUAUAGGGCCUGUCAACAAGGUAUUAAACAUGCUUUGUUGUUGGGUGGAAGAUCCACAUUCAGAGGCAUUCAAAUUGCAUAUUCCAAGACUCUAUGACUAUCUUUGGAUUGCUGAAGAUGGCAUGAAAAUGCAGGGUUACAAUGGAAGUCAAUUAUGGGAUACUGCAUUUGCCGUUCAAGCUAUCAUGUCAACUAAGCUUUCUGAAGAAUAUGGGACAACUUUAAGAAAGGCGCACAAGUAUAUACAAGACUCCCAGGUCCAAGAAGAUUGUCCUGGGGAUUUACAAAGUUGGUAUCGUCAUAUUUCAAAAGGUGCAUGGCCAUUUUCAACUGCCGAUCAUGGAUGGCCUAUCUCUGACUGCACCGCUGAAGGUUUGAAGGCUGUUCUUUUAUUAUCAAAACUUCCUUCAGAAAUAGUAGGGAAGUCGAUUGAUGAAGAACGGUUAUACGAUGCUGUAAAUGUCAUCCUGUCCUUACAGAAUACUGAUGGUGGCUUUGCCACUUAUGAACUCACCAGAUCAUACCGGUGGCUGGAGCUGAUGAACCCUGCUGAAACUUUCGGUGAUAUUGUCAUUGACUACCCAUAUGUCGAGUGUACGUCAGCAGCAAUUCAAGCACUUGCAGCGUUCAAGAAAUUAUAUCCGGGUCAUAGAAGCAAUGAAAUUGGCAAUUCUAUUGCUAAAGCUGCAGACUUCAUUGAAAGCAUACAAGCAACUGAUGGAUCUUGGUAUGGAUCGUGGGGAGUCUGCUUCACCUAUGGUGGUUGGUUUGGCAUAAGGGGUCUGAUUGCUGCUGGAAGGAGAUACGAAAGCUGUUCUAGUCUUCGUAAAGCUUGUGAUUUCCUAAUGUCUAAGGAGCUUGCUGCCGGUGGCUGGGGAGAAAGUUAUCUUUCCUGCCAGGAUAAGGUGUACACAAAUAUCAAAGAUGAUAGGCCACAUCUUGUCAAUACUGGUUGGGCUAUGUUAUCCCUCAUCGAUGCUGGGCAGGCUGAAAGAGAUCCAACACCAUUACACCGUGCAGCAAGGAUACUAAUUAAUUCUCAGAUGGAGGAUGGAGAUUUUCCUCAAGAGGAUAUCAUGGGAGUUUUUAACAAGAACUGCAUGAUUAGUUAUUCCGCUUACCGUAACAUUUUCCCUAUAUGGGCCCUUGGGGAAUAUCGCUGCCGGGUACUGCAAGCCUCUUAAAAAAAAUGAUGUUUUUAUUGCCAAUCUUUUACUUGAUUGCGAUCAUUUCUUUCACCUCAAGUGCUGGUUUAGACUUCACCUAAUCCAUUCGAUGUGUCGAUCCUCACUGAUUUUAAUGUCAUUUUUUACUCCUCUGGUGAAGCAAAUUCCAUUCGUGAGUCGGCGUGAUUGAAGAAGAAGACGAUCUGGAUUGAUUGAAUCGACGUCCUUUUCGCCAAUUUUUUUUUUCUUUUACGGAUUGAUUCCAUUGCAUUCGAUCCCUACAUUUGGAAACUCUCUCUCUCAACCUCUGUCAGGGUUAACAUAUUUAUUGUACCUUUUUUUCCAUUUUUGAAAAAGAUCUUGAUUCUAAUUGAUCGAUGAUGCCGAAAUAAA